UCGACCCCCACCUCGCACCGCCAGUGACAGAGGCUAGGCACUCGCGCUUGAUCGUUGCCAUGCUCGUCCAGCCCUCUGCCAAUGGCGAGCCAUGCCGCCCCAGUAGUUCCCCACGCCCCUCUUCUGCAGCGUUGCGCCCGAGCUCCUUCCUCGCGGCAUCGCCACCGCAACCUGCAGGCACUCGAGCAAGAUCCCCCGACGUUGCCCACACCCGCUCCCCUUGCCAUAAUCCGCCUCGCCAUCACCGUCGAACCGCGCGCCCUCGACCUCCCUGGCUUCACCGACCCCUUCCACGAGCUCCGCUACACCGAGACCGACGCCGCUGCUACCCAGUACAACUACGGUGUUGACAUCCCUCCUUCUCGACUGAGCUUCCAGGCAAGCCCCCCCCCCCUUGACCAACCGGAUAUUGCCUAUUCCUUCUCUCUACUUAUUGCAUUAGAGUAGUGUAGCAUAUUACUGCUUUCGGUUAAUCCUAUUCUGCUGCAUAGCCUGACAUUGUUGCUACAGUUGUUACCCUUACCUGCAAUCCUAAAUGCUUAGUAUAGGAUGCUAGU